CCCGCUUAUUGAAGUUCGCACUGUGCGACGCGUUUUGCGUUGUGCGGAUGCGGUGACCAUGACAAGGUGUGGCUUUCCUGCUCUGUCAUGGGCCCUUCUGCUGGUGCUAGGUUUCCCUCGCACGUCGAAAUCCCAUUGCGAAAGUCACAGCAAUGCUGGAAUCAUUGGAAAAAAAGGUUCGUAGCGAAGGGGAUGAGAAGCAGAAAGUCUACGACAAGUACAUGUGUUACUGCAAGGACACCAGCGAGUCUUUGAAUCUUCAGUUGGCAGAGGCUGCGAAGUCCUUGCCGCAACUGCGUUCCCAAGCGCAAGAGGUUUCUGCCCUACAAAUUUCUUUGGAGAGCGAGAUUGGGCAACACAAGAAGGACCGGGACGAAGCAAAGAGUGCGAUCAGCAGUGCAGCAGAGAUUCGCAAGAAGGAGGCGGAUGCAUUUCUGAAGGACUCCCAGAGUCAGCAGGAAUCGGUGGAUUCGCUCACAGCAGCAAUUCAGGCGCUCCAGCAGAAUCGUGCGGCAUCCUUUCUUCAAACCACAGGGGCUGUGGUGCUUCGGAGGCGAAGCACCCAAUGCACCAGCGAACAGCUGCAAAACUGCUGGGGGAUCAUAUCCAUCAACGAGCUGUCCUGGUUGGACAUGACCACCCGAAAUCGCGACCUUUUGGCAUCCUUUCUAUCGUCCGGUGUGCCCAGUGAUCAAGUGCUUGGAAUGCUGAAGCAGAUGAAGGAGGAUAUGGGCAGCGACCUGGAAGACAUGAAGAGCACUGAGAAGAAGCGCCUAGCAGAGCAUGCAAGCUUGAUGGAAGCCAAGCGAAAGCAACAGGAGGUGGCCAUGAAAGCCAUGGAAGAAAAGAUGCUGCGUCUGGGUGAGCUGAAGGUGGAACAGCAGGUGCUUCAGGACGACUUGAAGGACCAGACAGAAGCUCAAAAGGAAAACAGCGAAUUCGCCACAGCCUUGAAGAAGACCUGUGAAGAGAAGGAGAAGGCUUGGAGCCAGUACCAGGCCUCUCAGGCGGAAGAGCUCCAAGCACUCACAGAGACGGUGGAUUUCCUAAGCAAAGACCAGGUGCGCGACACCAUCCGGGAUGCCACUUCCACAGCGCUGCUAUCAACACGAGCCAGGACCUCUGUAGAUGGCCUUUCGCCAGUUCCAGCUGCCCUCAGCUUCAUGCAGGUCUCUGAAUCACAGGCCAUCGGUGACUCCUUGGAGCAAGCCUUGCGUGGACAAGGUGGUCGCGGCAUGGAGGAUGUGCUCCGACACAUCGAUGACCUCCAUGACGUGCUGGACCAGGAGCAAGCCUCCGAUGAGGACCGCCAGAAGUAUUGCGAGACCAAGCUUCAUCAGGCUACAGCUGCUAAGAGCAACAAGCAGCGAGAGGCUGAGGAUGCCAAAAGCAUCAUUGCCACUUACCAGAACGAGCUGGACACCGUGGUGGGGCAGAUUGGUAGCCUGAAGGCUCGAAUGGAGGACUUGGACAAGCAGGUGGCGAAGACCACCAGUGCGCGGCAAGCCGAACGAACAGCCUUUGCAGCUUGUCUCAGGGCGAGGUUGACCGCCAUGGAGGAAAAGUCCCGAGACACCAACCACGCCGCCCUGGAGCUUCUGGCAGUGGCUGAGAAACGCUUGGAGAGGUUCUAUGCUACGUCCCUGGUCCAAGCAUCUGAUAAGGCGCUUGGCCAAGUUGCUUCUGCUCAAGACACUUCGUCAUCCUUGGCAGCCUCAAGGUCGAGAAGCCCACCGCCCACGGCGGACUUGUCCUACCAAACACAAGGUGGUGGAGCUACUCGGGUGCUGCAACUCUUCAACACCAUCAAGGCGGAUGUUCAGAAGCAGAACGCGAUGCUGGAAUCAGAGGAUGCUAUCGGACAAUUGGAGUAUGAGAACCUGGUGAAGAACAGCAACGAGAAGAAGAUGGCGGACAACCGCAGUCUGGGAAGUAAAGAGGCCGCCAAAGCUGAGCUGGAAGCUGAUCUCCAGCGCAGUUUGGGGCUCCAAGGGGCUUCAGCUUGGUGUAGCUGGGGGAGGCCAACCACUAUGGAAUACAUUCCCAGCAUAAUGUUAUAUAUAAAUACCCUCUGGUAA